CUGGGCUGAAGUACUUGGCACAGUCUGACUUUUUUUGCAUCACUCCCGUUUUGCAACAAUGAGGGUAGCUGCUGUGAUACUGAUGGUUUGCUGCCUGUCUCCACUGGCUUCAGCUGCCUGCUAUCGGGAAAAAGGUCCAGUAGAAGGCCCCAUGCCCUACUGUGAGGACUCGUGGGACCAGACGCAGCAUCCUGUGGGCUCCACCUGGGUCAACUCCGGAUGCCAGAGCUGCACCUGUGGAGCAACCGGAAUGGAGUGCUGCGACAAGAUGGUGCGCCCCCGAGGAUUCCCUGAAGAUUGCGAAGUGCUCUAUGACUGGAAAGAUUGCACUUAUGAGGUCGUCAAACGGGCUGACCCCAACAUCCCCUGUCCUCACAGCGCUGUUGGGAAAUAGUGAUGUUUUUUUUUUUUUGCUUUUGUUGACAUAUACAGAGGCAGACAAACUGAACUGAAAAGGUAAAAGACCUGCCAUGUUUUUUUCUUUAAAUCCCUUUGGGAUCAAUAAUCACUACUCCACUUAUCUACUCCCACUGUUUCUUUUCCCUGUACUGUCGACAUAAGUGAUUUUACAUAUUUGCCUGUACUCUCACUAAUUUACAUGUACUGUCAACACAAGUGAUUCCACUAACUAGCUGAACUGUGUGAACCAGUUGUGUGAAUCGGGCUGCAAGAAAUAUGGGGCAGGACUUUCACUUUCUGGCUAGUCUGGAGAUUCAGGACAAUCCUUGAUGGGCCGCUUCAUGUCAGUUUCAAGUUGUCUUAGCUUCUUUCUACAUUCACCUACCUGUAACUUACCUAAAGGUCUACUUGUAUUAACUCUCUAUUAAACUAUGCAUAGGAAGUGUUCAGAUGAAAACCCCUUUAAGUGCUUUUUCAGACAUCUUUAGAUCUUUUUUGUAAAAUAUAGUAAUCUCCUAAAAAAGAAGUCAUUUUUAUGUUAAAAAAGGACAAUAAUCCUGGCCAAAAUCAACAAACGGGUUAGCAGAUUGUUAAGUUUACUAAAAUAAUACAAAUACCGCCUAUUUCUUUAAACUUGUCAUGAAUGCACUAAGAGGGUCUUGCAUCUGAAUUCUUUGUGUAUUCUCAUUCAUCUGCCACAGAUGAGUAAAUGCGAUGCCUAUGUAGUAUCUGCGCUGCAUCCUGUGAUCCUACUGGUGAGCGCAGUGGGAUUUUUUAUUUUAAUUGCAAAAAAAUAUGUGUGUAUUGAGUUGCACAAAUCACUGUAAUAGAUGGUCAACUUAAUGAAAAAACAAUUAUUGUCUCACACUCAUGCAAACUUCAUGCAAU